GUACUUUGAAGGAAAUUGAAGAGCUUAAAUUAUCUGUGGCGAAAUUAAAGUUGCCCAAGGAGCAUUCACCCAGAAUCUAAACAUGUCCAAAAUCAAGCGAUUCUUUUCCAAGAAGAAGGAGGAGGCGGCUUUCAAGCUGCGCAUUGGUGGCGGCAUGGGUGAAGGCCACAAGUUGAAUGCACCGAAGCCGGAGGCACCGACCACCAGCUCCAGGCGUAAAUUGGAUGUCUAUGUGCCUCCCAAGCGGAAUGAGCUGAGCAACGAGGCACGUGCAGCUGCCAAUGCAGCUUUAUCACGUAUUGAUAAGAAGGAUACACGUGACUUCAACACCUCACUGGCUGCUAUCAAGGCACAGGCGAAGCGGGAACUGGAAGCUGAGCGUCGCCAGAAGGAUGAGUUGGCCAACGCAAGCAGCUCGGUUAGUUCUGUGCCCAGCAGCAGUUCCUCAGCUGUUGAAAACAAGAAUCUAGCCUGUCAAGGUGUCUUCUUUCGCUGUCCGCUUAUCGGCGAGGAGAUUUUGUCCAAGAAGGCUUGGAAGAUUAAGAUCAAGGAGUUUCUCUAUCAGCAGCUGGAGAGUGAGCGCGGUUUAACCGCCUGUUUGAUCAUACAGAACUGUAACGUGAAGGAGAAGGCCGACGAUUGCAUAGCCACAUUGAUUAAAUAUCUGGAGAACAUCAUCAAGAAUCCGAAUGAGGAAAAGUUCUGCAAAAUACGCAUGUCCAAUAAGAUCUUUAGUGAUAAGGUGCGAUAUGUGGACGGCGCCUUGGAUGUUCUUUAUGCAGCUGGCUUUAGCGAGGUUCAGAUGGACGAUGAGCCUUUCCUCUUGUGGACCAAAGAGCAAACCGAAGAGGGUCUUGACCUGGCCAUGAUUGUAGAGUCGCUCAAGAACUCGGAGCCCAUACAGCUUGAGCUGGAUCGCAAUAUUAAAGUGCUUUUACCAUCGCAGGCACGUCGUGUUGUCUUGCCAGAUGAUUUCUAUCGCAUCUCACCGGAGGAGAUUAAGCGGGAACAACAGCUGCGUGCCGAGGCAAUUGAAAGCUCCCAAAUGCUUAAGACAAAAGCUAUGCGGGAUCGCGAGGAGCAGCGUAAUUUACGCAUGUAUCGUUAUUCACUGAUCAGAGUCAAGUUUCCCAAUGGUCUCUAUAUACAGGGCACUUUCCAUGUAUAUGAGAAGAUAGCUGAUGUCUUUGAAUUUGUACAAUCUUGCCUGGCGGAUGAGUACCUUGAAUUCAACUUGGUGGCCACCAGUGAGGGAAAAUUCAAUGAGGAAGACAUGGAAAAGACAUUAUACGACUGCAAACUCAUUCCAAAUGUUCUACUUCUUUUCACCGCACCGGCAAUACCAACUCCAGUGGCUGUUGAUGUCAACUUCUUGAAGGAAGAGCUGCUGAUGUUGGUGCAGGCCAUGUAAAAUACAUUUAUUUCCUUUGGGCAGUUAAUCAUACGAACGGCAGCACUACAUUCACCUAUGUCGCCACUUAUAUGGCCGCUUUUAAGUUAUAAAGUUGUUGUUAUUAUUUAUUGCUAUCUAUUCAAAUCAAAUGUAAGCACAUGUUUCGAAUUAA